AUGCACACUAGAUUCACUACUAUCAUCAAUGAGAUUUACUCUCUAGGUGAAGUAAUUCCAAACGGAAAGGCAGUCAUAAAACACUUGAGCUUCUUACCUGAAUCAUGGGAAAGUAAAGUUGAAGCAAUUACUGAAGCACGUGACUUAGAUAAGAUUGCUAUGGAAAAGAUCAUUGGAAACCUCAUAUUAUACGAGCUGAAGAUAAAUCAAGAAAAAGAGAUUGGUAGUAAAAGGAAAGAAAAGAAUUUGUCUUUAAAAACUACUACUUCUAAAGAUUUUGAGAAUGAAAACAUUGCACUCAUGGACAAAAGUCCAGACCACUUUAUAAAAUUCUGUCCACUAUGGGCGUUAGAAUACAAGAAAAACAACCCAGAAAAGGCAAAAGAAGAUAGAUAUAUUCCCAAUAACCUGAGAAGGACAAAUCAAGAGGCCGACAUAUCCAUGAAAAAGGUACUCGCUGCAAUAGGAGGCAUAUCUGAAGAGGAAUCUGAGAAUGAAGAAAUCAAGAAUCAAUCUCUACUUGCAAUAAAACAAGAAGAUAAAUACUACUUUUUCGUAUUAGUGGCGGUAACUGAAGAAGCAAACAAAGAAGAGCAAGAAGAAGAAGACCAAAACAGUCAGUCAUGUCCUUAUGAGUCUCAUCUAAAAGCAAGAAAGAGAAUACUUAGGUACCUCAAAGGUUCUGUGAACCUAGUGCAAUGGUACCAAGAAGGAGACUCAAUUGGUUUAAUUGGACGUGCUGAUGCUGACUACGCCAGAUUCUUAGUUGAGCAAAAAAGUACAUUUGGAAUGUCAAAGUAUCUAGGACCAUUUCUUGUCUCAUGGGCCACUAGAAAACAAAAUUUCGUUGCCCUCUCAACAGCAGAGGGAGAAUAUGUAGCAGCUGCAUCUUGUUGUGCCCAAUUAUUAUGGAUAAAGCAACAAUUAGAAGACUUUGGGAUUAAGACGGGUUAUAUUCCCAUUAUGUGUGAUAACACUAGUGCUAUCAAUAUGGCAAAGAACUCGGUCCAUCGCAAGCACACUAAACAUAUUAACAUUCUACAAAACUUUCUGAGAGACAAUGUUGAAAAAAGGAUUUAA